CAAUCUAAUGGAAUGCAAUUUUGACGUCCGCAAAGGACAAUAAAAUAACACUCCUUCUCUCUCUAGACACAGCGAAGCCGAAGAUGAACUGGGCAUGUACUUAGACAAGAAAAGAAAAAUUGAUUUGAGAGACGAGCGAAGAGUUCUUUUUUUUCCUGGUGAAAUGAGUAAAAACCAUAUAAAUUGCUUCAGUUCAUUGAAGCAAAAGGUAAAAGAAUUGAAGUGAGAGAAAGUUCAAAAGACAAUUUGGGUAUUUUUGUUUUGGGUGUGUUUUCAUUGAAACCGAAGUUUUGAAGAUUUGGGAAACUUCCUUUUCUCUUUUUUUUUUCUUUGCCCCUUAUUCUUUGUUUAUCUUUUCAUAGUAGCAGUGGGAUUUUUUUAAACUCUGGAAUUCAUGCGAAAGCCUUCAACUGUUGGUUGUCUGUAAUGUUAGAAUGCUCAGAAUCAGAGCUCCUUCUUGGGGCAGCUUGUAUUGUGGAACACAAAGCUGUAUGCUCAGGCACUGAACCGACCCCUUAUUUUUCGUGCACAAUGAGUGGGAAGCUGGAAGCAGCCAAGUUGGGGAUAAACUGCUGAUUUCUUGGAGCUCUAUGGCUGUAUUUUUGUGAUUUGUUCUGUAACAGUGGUUUAUUUUGAUAGUUGUUUCAAUUUUGUGUGAGAGUUUUAGAUAGUGAUUCUUGAGACAUGGUGCCUUUGGGGCCUUCUACUCCUGUAGGUGGUGCACAAUCAGUUCCGUCUUCUCUUUUGCGGACUAAUUCGGGGAUGUUAGGGUCGCAAGGUGGUGGUCUUCCUUCUCAAUCCGGGUUCCCUUCAUUAGUGUCCCCUCGAACUCAGUUUAGCAAUAUGAAUAUGCUUGGAAAUGUGCCUAAUGUGUCUUCCCUUCUUAAUCAGUCCUUUGGGAAUGGGGGUCCGAACCCUCAGCUUUCUGGUCCUGGGAGCACUCAGCGUGGAGGAAUUGACCCAGGGGCUGAAUCUGAUCCACUUUCAAAUGUUGGUACUGGGAUGGGGUUUAAUGCCCCAUCAUCAUCAUUUGUGCCAUCGAACAUGGCAAACCCCGGAUCAUCUGGUCAAGUUCAAGGCCAACAAUUUUCAAACCUUUCAGGGAACCUUAUUUUACCGGAUCAACAGCAACCCCAACAACCUGAGUUGCAACAUUUCCAACAUGGUCAACCGGGAAUGCAACAAGUCUCUGCGCCUCACAAUACCCAACAAGGACAGCUGCUGCAGCAGCAACAACAAUUUCAAUCUAUUAGAGGAGGCUUGGCUGGCGUUGUAGCAGUCAAAUUGGAGCUGCAACAACUGGCUAAUGAUCAGCAUGGCCAUCAGCAACAGCAGUUGCAAUCGCUUAGAAAUCUUGCUCCUGUUAAACUGGAACCACAACAUAUCCCGCCUACAAGGACUUUGGCACUGGUAAAAAUGGAACCUCAACAUUCAGAUCAGUCAUUGCUUUUGCAUCAGCAGCAGCAGCAGCAACAGUUACUCCAAAUGUCACGGCAGUCCCCGCAAACUGCUGCUGCCCAAAUUAAUCUUUUGCAUCAACAAAGACUCUUGCAGCUUCAACAGCAACAACACCAACAGCAACUUUUGAAAGCAAUGCCUCAACAAAGGUCACAAAUACAGCAGCAGUUUCAACAGCAGAAUUUGCCUUUGAGAUCACUCGUGAAAUCAGCAUAUGAGCCUGGGAUGUGUGCCCGGCGUCUGACACAUUACAUGUAUCAGCAACAACAUAGACCUGAAGACAACAACAUUGAAUUUUGGAGAAAAUUUGUUGCCGAGUACUUUGCACCAAAUGCCAAAAAGAAGUGGUGUGUUUCUUUGUAUGGAAGUGGCCGCCAAACAACUGGUGUUUUCCCUCAGGGUGUAUGGCACUGUGAAAUAUGCAAUCGGAAGCCAGGACGUGGUUUUGAGGCGACUGCUGAAGUUCUCCCUAGGCUUUUAAAGAUUAAAUAUGAAAGUGGUACUUUAGAAGAACUUCUUUAUGUUGAUAUGCCCCGUGAGUAUCAGAAUUCAUCUGGCCAAAUUGUCUUAGAUUAUGCAAAAGCAAUACAAGAAAGUGUUUUUGAGCAACUUCGUGUUGUUCGUGAUGGUCAGCUUCGGAUAGUUUUCUCACCAGAUCUAAAGAUAUGUUCUUGGGAAUUUUGUGCUCGGCGUCAUGAAGAACUCAUCCCUAGAAGAUUAUUGAUACCUCAGGUUAGUCAGCUUGGGGCCGCAGCUCAAAAGUAUCAAGCUGCAACUCAAAACGCAUCAAAUUUAUCUGCUCCAGAUUUGCAGAAUAACUGUAACUCGUUUGUAGCAUCAGCUCGGCAAUUGGCUAAAGCCUUGGAAGUGCCAUUGGUAAAUGAUUUGGGUUAUACAAAGAGAUACGUGCGAUGUCUUCAGAUAUCUGAAGUGGUUAAUAGCAUGAAAGACUUGAUUGAUUACAGUAGAGAAACGAGGAUCGGACCCAUGGAGAGUUUGGCUAAGUUCCCUCGAAGAACAAGCGCUUCAUCUGGUUUUCAUGCUCAAGCUCAACAGUCCGAGGAACAGCUAAAACAGCAGCAGCAGACAUUGCAACAGAAAAUGAUGUCCCAGAGCUCUAAUGGUGAUCAAAGUAAUGCCCAGGGUUCUGGGAUGCUGCUUCCUGCUAACAACGGUGUGGCUAAUAUGAAUAACUCGCUUAAUGUAGCAUCUGCAUCAACAUCUGCCGGCAUCAUUGCUGGGUCUCUACACCAGAAUUCCAUGAGCUCCAGGCAGCCGAAUUCUAUGAAUAAUGCAAGCAGUCCCUAUGGUGGAAACUCUGUUCAGAUUCCAUCACCGGGUUCCUCUACCAGUAUACCACAAACACAAGCACAAGCAAAAGGAAAUCCUUCUCCGUUUCAGUCGCCGACACCCUGCUCAUCUAAUAAUCCUCCUAAAGCUUCAAAUGGCGCCUUAGCAGCUUCAAGUCACAUGAGUUCCACAAAUUCUCCAGCAAUGAACAUGCCCAUGCAGCAGCCAGCUCUUUCUGGUGAGGCUGACCCCAAUGAAUCGCAAAGCUCCGUUCAGAAAAUCAUUCAUGAAAUAAUGUCUAGCCAACUUAAUAAUAAUGGUGGCAUGGUCAGUGCCGGCACUCUAAGCAAUGAUGUGAAGAGCGUAAACGGAAUGCUACCACCAAGCAACAAUACAGUUCUCAAUGGCGGCAACACUUUGAUUGGCAACGGGGUCAUCAACAACAAUAAUCCAGUUAGUGGCGUUGGGUUUGGUUUGAUGACUGGUGGACUCGGCCAGUCUGCUAUAAUGAAUGGAAUCAGAGCAACAAUGGGAAACAACCCGGUCGUGAACGGUAGGAUUGGUAUGGCACAGAUGGCUCGGGAACAACACAUGAACCACCAACAACAUGACAUGGGGAACCAGCAAUUGAAUGGGCUUGGAGCAGUUAAUGGUUUUAAUAAUAAUUGUCAAUUUGACUGGAAACCUUCCCCAUGAGAAAAUGACAUGGGUUUCUUUGAUUACACUAUAUAUGAUAGAUCAAGGUCUUCCCUCCCACUGUACUAAUUUCAGAGAAAGUGAA